UUAAGAAAGUAGUUUACCAUUCCACACCAUUUUUUUUUAUAUCUCAUCCCAUUUUAUUGCACUUCAGGUAGAGAGUUAAAAAAAAAAAAUACUCGAGGGAAAAAGGAUGGAGGGCAGCAGACUGGCUACUAAUUGCUUCAUCUUCCUAAUUCUUCUAUAUCUACCCAUGUUUGCUGAGGGAAGAAUUGAAGCUUCCAUGGGUGAAAUUGAUGAGAAGGGCAAGCAAAUUGAAAUGAAGGAUUUUAUUGAGGCAACAUCAAGUACACAAAAUCCCAUCAUAAAAAUGGUGACACAAAUGGGAAAUAAUAUUGAAAAUUCCCAAGAUGAUCAAUUUCCGAAGAAAAAGAAUAAUAAUAAUGAUGAUUCUUCUUCUUCAUCAUCUUAUAUGAAUCACAAUAUAAACCCUUUACUCAUAGUUUUCUUCACAAUCAAUGACCUAAAGGUUGGCAAAAAACUAGCAAUCUAUUUCCCCAAAAGAGACCCUUCAAAAUCCCCACCAUUUUUACCCAAACAAAAAGCUGAUCAAAUCCCUUUUGCCUUCAAACAACUCCCUCAUAUCCUCUCUUAUUUCUCCUUCCCUCCAAAUUCCCCUCAAGCUCAAGCAAUCAAAGAAACCCUCCAACAAUGUGAGCUCAAACCCAUCAAAGGAGAGACCAAAUUUUGUGCAACUUCCAUGGAAUCAAUGAUGGAUUUUGUAAAAACAUCCUUAAUAUUUCCAACAAAAUCUUAUUCUUCAUCAUCCUCAUCAUUUAAGCUUCUCAAAACUUCACAUCUUACUAAAUCCAAUGUCCAUUUCCAAAAUUACACAAUCUUUGAUACCCCUAUGGAAAUUGCAGCUCCUAAGCUUGUGGCUUGUCACACCAUGCCAUAUCCUUACGCCAUUUAUUAUUGUCAUUACCAAGAAGGAGAUAAUAAUGUGUUGAAAAUUGAAUUGGAAGGUGAAAAUGGAGAUAGAGUUGAAGCUUUGGCAAUUUGUCAUAUGGAUACUUCUCAAUGGAGCUCUACCCAUCCUGCCUUUCAAGUCCUCAAACUUCAACCAGGGGACAUGCCCAUUUGCCAUUUCUUCCCUGCUGAUGAUUUUGUUUGGAUUCCUGUUGCUUGAAACCCUAAUGAUUAUGUAAUAUUAGUCUCUCUUUAAUUCCAAAAAUAAAUAAAUACCCCUCGAUGAUAAUAUAUAGUAGGAUAUAUAUAAGUUUUCUAAUAAUAGAAGUGAAGGUUAGAAGUUCGAAUACCCGUAUAUCUGGUUUGUUUCGAACUAGGUAAAAUAGUAUGAUUGAGUGUCUUCAUAUUGUCAUGUAUUAGCAUGUUUAUAAUAUGUAUGCAGGAUGUAAUUUUGAAUUUUUAUAUCUUUGAUUA